AUGGUCAGUCUGUUUUUCAAGACCCCUUUUGCCAAAAACAAGAGCCUAAACUCCUCCUCGGUGAUGGUGGUGGUGGCGGUGGAAACAGUCAGAGCUGAUCCUGCUCAAAGCUCCCGUGUCUCCAGCAGUGAGAGCCACACUCCCAACGUUCCAUGUGCCCGUCUCCCACUGCCGUUCGGAGCCAAUGCCUCGGCCCCAGACCAGCUGAGCUUAGCUCUAGCCUGGAACAGAGUGGACAUCGCUCGCAGCCAGAUCUUUAUUUAUGGGCAGCAGUGGCCGGUGGGGUCUUUGGAACAAGCCAUGUUGGAUGCCCUAGUUCUGGACAGAGUGGAUUUUGUGAAAUUACUCAUAGAGAAUGGAGUAAGCAUGCACCGUUUUCUCACCAUCUCCAGACUAGAGGAAUUGUACAAUACGAGACAUGGGCCCUCAAAUACAUUGUACCACUUGGUCAGGGAUGUCAAAAAGGGGAACCUGCCCCCAGACUACAGAAUCAGCCUGAUUGACAUCGGCCUGGUGAUAGAGUACCUGAUGGGCGGGGCUUACCGCUGCAAUUACACGCGCAAGCGCUUCAGGACGCUCUACCACAAUCUCUUUGGCCCCAAGAGGCCCAAAGCCUUGAAACUACUGGGAAUGGAGGAUGAUGUUCCCUUGAGGCGAGGAAGAAAGACAACCAAGAAGCGAGAAGAAGAGGUGGACAUUGACCUGGAUGACCCUGAAAUCAACCACUUCCCUUUCCCUUUCCACGAGCUGAUGGUGUGGGCCGUCCUGAUGAAGAGGCAGAAGAUGGCCCUAUUCUUCUGGCAGCAUGGCGAGGAGGCCAUGGCCAAGGCCCUGGUGGCCUGUAAGCUCUGCAAAGCCAUGGCUCACGAGGCGUCUGAGAAUGACAUGGUCGACGACAUCUCUCAGGAGCUGAACCACAACUCCAGGGACUUUGGCCAGCUGGCAGUGGAGCUUCUGGACCAAUCUUACAAGCAGGACGAACAGCUGGCCAUGAAGCUGCUGACCUAUGAGCUGAAGAACUGGAGCAACGCCACGUGCCUGCAGCUUGCUGUGGCCGCCAAGCACCGCGACUUCAUCGCACACACGUGCAGCCAGAUGUUGCUCACUGACAUGUGGAUGGGCCGGCUCCGGAUGCGCAAGAACUCAGGCCUCAAGGUAAUUCUGGGAAUUCUACUUCCUCCUUCAAUUCUCAGCUUGGAGUUCAAGAACAAAGACGACAUGCCAUAUAUGUCUCAGGCCCAGGAAAUCCACCUUCAAGAGAAGGAGCCAGAAGAGCCAGAGAAGCCCACAAAGGAAAAAGAUGAAGAGGACAUGGAACUGACAGCCAUGUUGGGUCGAAACAACGGGGAGUCUUCCAGAAAGAAGGAUGAAGAGGAAGUUCAGAGCAGACACCGGUUAAUCCCCCUGGGCAGAAAAAUUUACGAAUUCUACAAUGCACCCAUAGUGAAGUUCUGGUUCUACACUCUGGCGUACAUCGGAUAUUUGAUGCUCUUCAACUAUAUCGUGUUAGUGAAGAUGGAGCGCUGGCCUUCCACGCAGGAAUGGAUCGUCAUUUCCUAUAUAUUCACCCUGGGAAUAGAAAAGAUGAGAGAGAUCCUGAUGUCGGAGCCAGGGAAGUUACUACAGAAAGUGAAGGUGUGGCUUCAGGAGUACUGGAAUGUCACAGACCUAAUUGCCAUCCUUUUGUUCUCUGUGGGAAUGAUCCUUCGUCUCCAAGACCAGCCCUUCAGGAGUGAUGGGAGGGUCAUCUAUUGUGUGAACAUCAUUUAUUGGUACAUCCGUCUCUUAGACAUCUUCGGCGUGAACAAGUAUUUGGGCCCAUAUGUAAUGAUGAUUGGAAAAAUGAUGAUAGACAUGAUGUACUUUGUCAUCAUUAUGCUGGUGGUACUGAUGAGUUUUGGGGUCGCCAGGCAAGCCAUCCUCUUUCCCAAUGAAGAGCCAUCAUGGAAACUGGCCAAGAACAUCUUCUACAUGCCCUAUUGGAUGAUUUAUGGGGAAGUGUUUGCAGACCAGAUAGACCCUCCCUGCGGACAGAAUGAGACCCGGGAGGAUGGCAAAAUCAUCCAGCUGCCCCCCUGCAAGACAGGCGCCUGGAUCGUUCCGGCCAUCAUGGCCUGCUACCUGUUAGUGGCCAACAUCCUGCUGGUCAACCUGCUCAUCGCUGUCUUUAACAAUACAUUUUUUGAGGUAAAAUCGAUAUCCAACCAAGUGUGGAAGUUUCAGAGGUAUCAGCUCAUCAUGACUUUCCAUGAGAGGCCGGUUCUGCCCCCACCUCUGAUCAUCUUUAGCCACAUGACCAUGAUAUUCCAGCAUGUGUGCUGCCGAUGGAGAAAACACGAGAGCGACCCGGAUGAGAGGGACUAUGGCUUGAAACUGUUCAUAACUGAUGAUGAGCUCAAGAAAGUACAUGACUUCGAAGAGCAGUGCAUAGAGGAAUAUUUCAGAGAAAAGGAUGAUCGGUUCAACUCGUCCAAUGAUGAGAGGAUACGCGUGACUUCAGAAAGGGUGGAGAACAUGUCCAUGCGGCUGGAGGAAGUCAACGAGAGAGAGCACUGCAUGAAAGCCUCGCUCCAGACCGUGGACAUCCGCCUGGCGCAGCUCGAGGACCUCAUUGGGCGCAUGGCCACGGCCCUGGAGCGCCUGACAGGUCUGGAGCGGACCGAGUCCAACAAAAUCCGCUCCCGGACCUCAUCGGACUGUACGGAUGCUGCCUACAUCGUGCGCCAAAGCAGCUUCAACAGCCAGGAGGGAAACACCUUCAAGCUCCAAGAGAGUAUAGACCCUGCAGAGCAUCCUUUUUAUUCAGUAUAAGCCGGCAGCAAGCAGUUCUACCUAACGUCCCACCUCCUCAUGCCAACACUUCUGUAAUUGAUCAUUAUAAAGAAAAAACAAGGUAACAGUCCGAGUUCGCCUGUCUCUUAUAUAUUCACUUCUGGUGCCACGACUGUUUAUCUUUUCUGAAGAAAAUAAAGGGAAAAGAAAUGCCUUUUUGUAUUGCAAUCAAAGUGAAAGAAGAAGUAAGGCUAAAAACAAAUGUCAAGUGGUUUAUUAUAUACAGUGGGCAUUCGAGUAUA